AUGUACGAAAAGCCCAAGUUCGAAAUCAUUGCCUUCUCAUCAGCCUCAUUCACAGUCAUCUACACCACCUUAACGUUCUUCGCACCCCAAAAUCUUCACCAAAUCAACAACAUGAAGUCCUUCAUCACUCUUGCCAUCCUUGGCUUUGCUUCAAGCGUAUUCGCCCAAAGCGGUGCAGCGUGUCCGCUGCAUGCAGUGCAAGUGCUCCAUGCCGUGCACAAGGAAGCCGUUGUAGCAUCUCUGGACGCACGGCCAACUGCAGUUAGGAUGCGCAUCAGGACUACUAUCAAACGCUUUCAUGUAGGAGCAGUUUCAAGCUGCCGAACGGAGGAAGUUGGGCACCAGAGCACACUGUCUUUCAACAAGACAUGGUCCUCUGAAACAUUGUUAUCUACAUUCAUUCUUUAUCGAAAUACACCGAGUACUCGCUUUUAA